GGAUUCCGUGGCCGUCGGACGCGUUUUGAAAUCCCUGGCCUAUCUUUUCGUCGAUCUGUCCUCCAUUCAUCCCUUUCCACGGCGGCGCUCGUUCGCCGUGCUCUUGUUUCUCAUCCCUACCAGCUGUGGGGACACCGGGUUCACCGCGGCACACGACUAUCACCCGAAGCGUGUUCAAAGGGUUGCGAAAGGGAAAUAGGUGGGUGUCGUUCGGAGAGGACCGUUUUCUUCCGCAUCUGUCGUGCGCGGUUCGAAUAAACUUCGCCACGAGGAGGCGCCUUUCACGCAGCGGGGUCGAUCGAAUCCGCGAGAGAACGAGAGAACGCGAGAGAACGGGAGAACGAGGGAACGGGAGAAGAUAAGAAUAGGAGAGAGAGAGAGCCGGUCGUCGCUACCGGUAGUGCCACCUGGUCGCGAUAAACGGGGGCCAACCAGUGUGGGGUGCGUAUUGACGCGACUGCGCGGUUACGUUGACGCGGUAGGGUAGAAAAGGGUAGCGAUUCCAGAACGGAGAGUGAGCGCCGCUGGAGCAACAGAGAGAAGGAGAAGAGAGGAGCACGAGAGAAGGAGGGGCGGCCUGAAAAGCUCGGGCCAGGCUGGCUUCGAUCGCUCAAUAUUCAUCCCUUGGCCGGACGAGUGCGCCCGAGAACAGCGGCUCCAGACGAGGGCACGAAUCAACCCUUCCUUCCUUCUUUUGCGUCCUCGGCCGCGCCACUGUUCCUUCAGGAGACGGACAAGACCAACGGGAGGAACCGGAGGAACCUGAGAAAGGGACUCGCACGUCGAACGUUCGCGGUGUUACGCGAGAGAGCUUGCGACGCUCUCUCACUCAUAUUGCAGCUUGAGUUUCAACGAUCGGAAUGGAGGACAAGAAAGUCGAGCAGUAUUACAGUCCGCCGCCGAAGCUUGGCAAAUGGGAGGGUUUUAAGAUCUUUUUAUGGAAUUCCGAGACGGGACAGUUCCUCGGGCGCACGGGAGCCAGCUGGGGGAAAAUUUUGUUAUUCUACGUCAUUUUCUAUGCCGUACUUGUUGGUUUCUUCGCUGCUAUGUUGACCGUUUUCUAUCAAACGUUAGACCCGAACGAACCGAAAUGGCAACUGGAUAAUUCUUUAAUUGGAAGCAACCCUGGACUCGGUUUCAGGCCUAUGCCUCCUGCGAGCAACGUCGAGAGUACCUUAGUUUGGUACAAAGCCACCGACGAAGGUAACUUCUUGCACUGGACCAGGGAAUUGGACAAGUUCCUCGAAGAAUACCAUAAAUCUCCCACCUUUACAAAUGGCACUAAAAGGAGGAUGGUUUGCGAUUAUAUGAAGCCACCAGCGCCCGGCAGAGUUUGCGAUGUAGACAUGACAUCGUGGGGACAGUGCACGAAGGAAAACAAAUACGGCUAUAACAAAUCUGCUCCUUGCAUUUUCUUGAAGCUGAACAAGAUUUUCGCCUGGGAGCCAGAAUAUUAUGACGACACGAAAAACCUGCCAGACACUAUGCCAUCCGAUCUUCAGGAGCACAUCAAACAUGAGGAACUUGCGAACAGGUUGGAUACCGUUUGGAUAUCGUGUGCUGGCGAAAAUCCAGCUGAUGUUGAGAACAUGGGAGCAAUUCAAUACUUUCCACGUCGUGGCUUCCCUGGCUAUUACUUCCCCUUCAAGAAUACCCCCGGAUAUUUGAGCCCUCUCGUAGCUGUUUUCUUCGAGAGACCUAAAUAUGGUGUGCUGAUCAACAUCGAGUGCAAGGCCUGGGCAAAGAACAUCGUCCACGACAGAUUCGACAGGCGCGGCUCCGUGCACUUCGAGCUAAUGGUGGAUUAAGCGCAGCACUUGCCACCUUUUGCAAGACCACUACCAACUGCGUCCAAGAAAUAUGUAGGAGGGAAGGAGAAUAAGACAAAUUUCUUUUUUAAUCAAUCUCGCUGGCGGAUCGUGACCACUCCUUCUUUCCUCCGGUUAUCUCUGCCGACGAUACCGCCCUAGCCGCGUUUCUUCUCGUCGUACUUACCGUAGAUCCGUCAGGCGCUCAUACUCAUAAUAUUCACCCAUUCUCAUCGUCGAACUGAUUCUCUUCAUUGUGAUCUUUAACUCGUCGUUAAAACUCAUCGUCGCGCUUCUUACUACCAUUUAAAAAAAAAAAA